AUGGAAGUUAUUGUUUACGACCCGUUGGACACUAUUGACACAACAAGUUAUGAAUGGAAGAAUAACAGAAUCCAUGCUUUUGCUUGUUCCAAACAUUGUGAUGAUCGUUUCAAAACACUAAAGGAGGGAGACAUUUAUAUUAUCAAAAAUUUCAAGGUUAAAGACUAUGUAGGAGAUGAAACAUAUCGUGCUGUUAGAACCAAGAACCAUGUUUUUUUCACUCCUCACACUGAAUUUGUCAAAGAUGGAACGGAAGGCUUGCAAAUUGAAAAAUAUGCAUUUGAUCUUUUUGACAUGGCUCAAAUGGAAACAUUAGCUAAUGACAAUCGAUUUCUCAUUGAUAUGGUGGGAAAAGUAGAGAAUAUUCAAGAAUUAAUUAUAAGCAGCAAAGAUGAGGUCGGGAAAAGCAGGUUCAAGUUUGAAAUAUCAGACGGAAGUAACAAAGUGAAGGUGACAUUGUUCGAUUUGUUUGGCCAACAUGUUGAAAAGGAACUUUACAAGGGUGAUAAAGAGAAUAGUUUUAUUAUAAUAUCAUGCGCUAGGGUUGGUCGCUACGAAGGAGUGCCACAUCUAUCAAAUUACCCCGCUACAAGGGUCUUUAUAAACCCAGAUCACUACAGCAUAACAGAACUUAAGCUACGUUGGGGAAACAAAAAGAAACCUGAAAUGCCAAGUAGUGUCGUUACUUCUACAAAAAUAGCAACUGCAGUGGAAAGUAUAAAGCUUCUUACAGUAAAGGAAAUCAAGGCCUUGAACGCAGAUUUUAACAAGCCUUCAGCUUACUGUCAGGUUAUUGCAAAACGGUUUAGCGACCAAAAAAAUUGGUAUUUCAACAAGUGUACAGGUUGUGAUCUUGAACUUGAGAAUGUAGGUGCAAAAUUUGUUUGCACACAGAAGAACGGCUGUGGCAGAACUAUUCCAUACCCUGAUAAAAGGUUCAGACUAUGCAUCUUCUGUUCCGACGAUACUGGGUCAAUGGCAAUUGUGUUUCCGGAUGAUGAAAUCAGCCGCAUAAUUGACAAAACUGUCAUUGAUUUGCAAACAGAUUGUGCUGAUGAAAAAGAUGUAGACAAAUUCCCUGAAAUCCUAAAUACCUUACUCAAGCAAAAGUACACAAUCAAUCUUGUGAUAACCAAAGACAACCUCACAAAAGGAUCAACCAUAUAUGAGGCUAAGGAUGUCGUUCUGCAAGUGGAGACUGUUGGCAACCAUGAUCCAAACGCAAUUCGUACAGUGGAUAAGAAUGUUGCUGAGAUGGAAGAAAUCUCGGUUGUAAAUGAUGCGGAACAUGAGGCAAGAGCCACGGAGACACCUGACACAGGAAAAUCUACAAACAUGAAGAGCAGAGCACGGAAAGAAAUGGAGCCGGUUCGUUUCAAUGCAGAAAACUUAUCUGGGGAAAAAAAAUUCAAGAACAUUAAAUUGGAGAAACCAUGA